UUAUUAUGUUAAUCCAGCAAACUGAUAAGACGGGGGAGAUAGGAAAGAAAAACAAUACUGUCCUUAUUAGGAAACAAGAAAAGGGAAAAUGAAACCAAGGCAGCGCAAAACUUUGACAUCACAGCACGAACUUCCACCCACGCGCAUGCCCACGCGCACCUCCACUGUGUUUACUUCCUUCCCUGAAGUAGACAGAGCUGGAACGUCCGCCAGUCAGAGAGCCGCAGACAGCAGACACACAGCAUGGAGACGCUCUGAGAGAAACCACUGCAUGAAGGUCCACGCAGGCUUGGGUUUUCCCAGCUUACCUCCGCCUUUUUCCUUGGAAAACAGUGCUGUAAGCUCCACCCAGCUGUGCUCAGCCUGUUGCAGCAAAGCAAAGAGCCUCAGAGCUGUGGCUGCACAUGCUGAAGCCCGACUGCUUCCCCCAGAGCUAAAAAUGGACUCUUCCCCUCCGCUUUGACUUUAGGCUGAGACGGACGCGUGAAGCAUCAAGAUGGAUUACAAAUACGACACUGGACUGGAACUGCUGCUGGCUCAUAUGAACGUUGAGGAAAUCAUCAACGCCGCAGAGACUCUCUAUAAGCUUAGAGAGGAGGAAGAGGAGGGAGGCCUAUCGUUUGACGAAGAGGGUAUCUCUCAGGAGGAAAUGGAUGAGAUUGAGGAGGCAGAGGAGAUGGUGGCUGAGGAGGAGGACACGGUCAGCGGGGUUCGAUAUGGGACUGUACCGGACAUCCUGGCCUUUGUGAACCUGCUAUCCAGCAUGCAGACGCCCCUCCUGCAGCACCUGCCAAAGGAGAUAGGAGUUCUCCUGAAUAAGAAGGACAUGGCUGUUAAAAAGGGCCGAUACCAGAUCAACAUAGACGUGCUUUUGUUUGCUUGGAGGUUGACCUACAAGAAUCCCGGCUCUGGCCUCGUGCCCAAGGGCUCGUUUGGGAAAGUCCACUUGGCUCAGGAUACCACCACCAGAAAGAGGAUGGCCUGUAAGCUGAUUCCCUUGGAGAACUUUAAGGCGGCUGAUGUAGAGUUCCAGGCCCGCUUACGCCACGACAACAUCGCCGAGCUGUUUGGCGCCGUCCUCUGGGACCAGACGGUCCAUCUGUUCAUGGAGGCUGGGGAAGGGGGCUCCGUCCUGGAGAAGCUGGACAACUGUGGGCCCAUGAGGGAGUUUGAGAUCAUUUGGGUGGCCAAGCAGAUCCUGCGGGGCCUGGAGUACCUGCACUCUCACAACGUCAUCCACCACGACAUCAAGCCGAGCAACAUUGUCCUGAUGUCGGACAAGGCGGUGCUGGUGGACUUUGGGUUGGCGGUGCAGAUGACCGAGGAUGUCUACAGUCCAAGAGACCUCAGAGGAACAGAGAUGUACAUGAGUCCUGAGCUGGUUCUGUGCCGAGGACACAACACCAAGACCGACAUCUACAGCCUGGGCACCAGCAUCAUUCACAUGCAGACCGGUAGCCCUCCAUGGGUCAGAAGAUACCCACGCACUGCCUACCCAUCCUACCUGUACAUUAUACACAAGCAAGCCCCGCCUCUGGAAGACAUAGCGGAGGACUGCAGCGCCUCCAUGCGCUCCUUUUUGAAGCGAUGCCUGGAAAGGAAUCCCGCGCUGCGGAGCUCGGCGUCUGAGCUCCUGAAGGACGAGGCCAUCAAUCCACCCAGGGAGGAUCAGCCUCGCUGCUGGAGCCUUGACUCCGCCCUCGAAGAGGUCACCCACACAGUGCUGCGGCAGCAGAGCCAGCACCACGACACCACACAAGAAUCCUCUCUGUAUUCUGAAGACUCUGGCCACAUCAAGAGGAAAGGCUCUUUGUACAUCGACCUGGGGGCUCUGUCAGGCUACCAUAAACUAGUGACAGGACCCCCCUCCACUGAAUAUGGUUAACACCUGUAUGCAAACCACCAGAGAAGCAGCUGACAAGCUGUUCAAGCUCGUUCGCCGUACGUCUUCGCUUUCUUUGAGCUGAACCUCAUCAGCAGCUCUGCAGCUCUGCUGAAGUCAGAAUGACAGACUGUUCACGAAGGCCUCACUGCAACCAGCAGGCGGCCAUUUUCACUGUUCUCAUUUAACCAGAACUGAACUUAUGUGCCCAAAGUGGCUCCUGUGGAACAAAAGGAACAUAAGUGGAAAAGUUCUAUGCGUAAAGAACAAUUGUCAAUCUCUGAAACAGUAUUAUCGCCUCCAGACUUCAGUUUCGAUGGUGGAUUUACCAAAAGUAAAAAUGGACAUCAUCAUCAGCAGGUUUGACUUUAUAUCAGUGUGGUACGUGUCACGGUAAAACAUGUAUGCCGUUCCUUUCUUCAUUGAUUUAUUUGACUAAAGCUAUGGCUUAACAAUGAGCGGAUUGUUCAAUUGUGUGCAUUACACAGACUAUGUGUAGGUUGUCCUUUAAGGACCUUCUCCUGUUAAUUCCUAUGGAAUGUGAAUGUUGGCGCUUGUGCUAUGCAAAUGAAACCUCUUUACAUUGGCAUGUAUGACUUGUGUUGCGUACAUCUUGAAGGAUGGUCACCAGCCUUGACGCCUGAAUUUAUUUCCAGCUGUAAAAAAAAAAACACUUAUGUUUUUGCUUUCAUGAGGUAAUUUUGGAGCCAAAGUGGUUUGAUGCAUAUUUGCAUUGAUGGGCAUCAAGGGAUUAAAUUGACCCUAAUCUCAGAAGUUUGUGAUUCACUGUGAUGUUAGAGCAAAUAAAAAAAUAAAAGUC